AUGGACUUCGACCUUCCUCUCUGGGCUUGGAUCGUCUUAGCGGUCUUUGGCAUCUCUAUUCUUGGUCUGGCCGCUGUAUUGGUCUAUCCUAUCAUCUUGUCUGUCAAAGAGUCUUCUCAGGUCUACGAAGCUGCUCCUGCUGGCCAGGACGCCCGCCGCCGUUUUACCAUUCUCUCGUGGUUCACGAAGGAACAUAGGUAUUCGUUCCCCACGAAGGACACAGUUACUUGCAUCCGGGAUUGGUGCGAACAGGAGAGCUUGAGUCCCACGCGUAACUCCCCUGCGGAAAGCAACGGCCCGGUGUUGGCUAUUUCCUCGACCGCCUCUCCCGCCGCACCAACGGAAGAGCCCUUCCAGCCCAUAUGGACUGAAGAAGAUAUCCGCACCUCCACUCCACCCAGGAAGAAAUGGUCCGUGGCCAACUCCGCCUGCAAGGACACUCUCCGGAGCAACGAGAGGCAGACGUGGCCCAUCGCCGAACCCAUUAUUACACAAGCCAAGCGGGCUGCUGUGGUGAACUCGGACUACCAGAAGUGUCUCAGACAGGGUCGGAGGUUCAGCUUACCUGUAGAGCUCCUCGGUCCGACGCUGAAGCAGACGCCAGAGGUCGACGCUAGGAAGAAGGUCGAGAUUGAACUGUUCUCCCAGGUCCUCGACGAGAGUCCCUCUGCCACUGCUGCAGCUGAUGUUCUGGUACCCACCCCGUCCAAGAAGGCUGUCGUAGUAAACUCGGCGUACCAGGAGUCGCUGAAGUCGGGUAGGCGAUGGAGCUGGCCGCUGAACCAGGUGACUAGAGCUGCGGUGGUGAAUUCGGACUACCAGGCAUGUCUCAAGGCGGGGAGAAGGCGCAGCUUACCUGUGGAAAUCCCUGUAUCGACUACAGUGCAGGAAGUCAAGACCGAGGAUGCCGUCUUCGCCUUUGAUCGUCCUUCCUCUCCCGUGUCUUCUCUCGCUACCGCCGUCGGCCAGGACCUGCUCCGCGCUCUCGAAAGCAGCUUCAGCUUUGUCUCUCCGGACACACCUGCCGAACUUGAAGUGCCAGCUCCAGCGGACGUCGAGAUGGAGGAAGCCGAGAAGUCCCUCGUGUUCGAAGUGCCCGAUCGGGCACUCACCAUCACCAGCGAGGACUCCCCAGAGACUCUUGUCAAACCCGAGGAGCCAGUGGUCGAGAGCAUCCACGUAGAGGAACACGAGAAGUCUCUUACGUGUGAAGACCCAGUUCAGGAGCCCCUGGUGGUUGCUGCCUUCGCGGUUUCCGUUGGCUCCGAUGUACUUUCCGCCGAUGACCCCUGUGUCAAGCCCGUCCCUGCCGUCGACGAUGCGAUGGAUUUUCCAGUGACACCGGUGGAAAUCACGCCUGAGGCUGCUGUACCCGUCGCCAUCGUCUGUACUGUAGAAGCGUCUAUCGUCGCUGCUUCGGAGUCCUCUCUUUCUUCCACGGAGACUGCGGCUGAGGUAUCUUUCGUAUCGACCGGGAGCAUCAAGGACCUCGAGGUGUCCGUUACCGCUUCGGAGUCCGCCAGCUCUUCAAGCGCCUCCUCCGCCUCCUCGCUCUCCGACAUCGUCGCUUCACUUCCGGUCUUGCCGUCCACCACCGAAGUGCGCUCCAAAGCCCCGAAGAUCCCUGCCAAAGGCAAGCGAAUCUCCCCCGUUUCCGCUGCCAAGCGAGUCCCACCCAAACCCAAGGCCGAGGACGGGACGAACGCGAAACGUACCCGCAGGCGACAGGUGGUCACUAGCAACGUCACGAUCCCGGCUCCUGUUCCCCGGGCCCGCCCGUCACCUGUCAAGAAAGACGAGGGGGAGAAACCAACGCCGACGUUCAAGCGGCACGCGAUGGUGCCGUGCCCCAAAGCCGUCGCAGCCGUGAAGAAGGCCGAGGAGAAGGAAAAGGCUGUGUUCAAGAGGCACGCGACGGGUUGUCCCAGGGCAGCUGUCGCCACGAGGGAGGUCAAGAAGGCUGGCGAGGUGAAAGCAGUCAAGCCUGUUGGUUCAGGCGUGGGGAGAGGCAGCGGGCUUAAGCCGAAGGGUAACGCCAGGAGCCCCAAAGUGAAGGCUGCGGGAAAGGAGAAUGUUGGUGCUUGGCGAUAG